AUGGAAAAGGAGCAGAAGGACCAUAACACUCCAGAGGUGGGAAAUAGCUUUCAGGCCUUAGAUGUGGAGGAAGAAGUAGUGGUCUUGGAGAAAGAUGGCACUAAUAACCAGCCAAUUCAAGUGAACAUGGAUGCGAGUAUUCAGAAGCAGCAAGAUAAUGUUAUGAGAGAAAAACAACAAAGGGAAGAUGAGGGGGUCUGUAAAAAGGCCUUGAAAAUCUUAACUGAUGAAGUUGCUGCCAGGAGACACAGGGGAAUGGAAGACUUGGAUACCUGCUCAAGGACACAAAUUUUGCCCUCUCCUAAUGAUGGAGAGUACUGCUCAGAGGUACCCCCCUCUAAUGCAGAGCAAUGUGAGGAAAUAAUUGAUUCCAGUAUGACGAAGAAUGCUUUUGAUAUUGGGGCUGGAACUCAGUUUCACCAGAAAAACUUGCGUGAUCCUCUGUUUCUCACUCCUUUUCCUGUUAUAGAAUCUCCGGGCGAGGACUUGAGACUCACUGACUUAGAGAUAGUAAGAGAAGAUGAUUAUGAAGGCCUGGAACUGGAGGCUGAGAAUGCUGUUGUUCCUGCAAAUAAGGGUCUUCCUGAAGAAUACUUACCUGUAUGUGUGGUUCUAGGCAGACUAUCAUUGAGGACGUUGAGGAUGACCAUGGUUAAUUGUUGUCUGUGGACUUGUGUUGGGGAAUCUUCUACUUGGGUUGGCCCUCAAUGGGGUCCUCCUGCGUCUCGCUUGGGUGUUGACAGGGACUGUGGUGAGAGUGCUUCCUCUGAUGCACACUCCACGCUCUGCAUUUUAUUGUGGAAGGAGGAAUCUCUCUAUUGGCUUUCAUUCUACCUGGGGGCUGUUUUAUGUCUAUAUGGGGUUUUUUUUGCUUUAUUUUUAUUUCCUCAUUUGGACCCAGCCGAGGCUUCAAUUGGUUUCUCCUUUCUAGUUGAACCCUCUGCUGGGUUUCAUUCGGGUGUUACCCCUUGUCUUGUAGGUUUUGAGCCUUCUCAGGCAUCCUCUGG